GGGCACCGAACUUAAAAACCUAUCUAACAUUUCCUUUAUCAUGCUUCCACCACUCCUAUUCUUAACCCAAGUGACUCCUAUUCUUAACCCAAGUGAACCACCCUUUCUCGGGUUUAAUGUCUACGAGAGCCAACUCAUCCAUGAUGUCUUUGAACUUAUUCAUCUGCACCCGCGCCUUCCUCCGACAGCCAUCCUUUUCAGCUUCAUUCAAAAUAGCAUUAAAGUCUACCCCAACCACCCAAUCUUCCCUAACCGAGCCACCAACCUUUCUCAACAUGUCCCACGAGUUACUUCUAAAGUUAGGAAUCGCAUGCCCGUAAAAGCUAGUAACUCUAAAGCUCCAUUUGUUUGGUGGAAAAUGUUUUCCGAAAAACAUUUUCCUUAAUUUCCAGUGUUUGUUUCAUGGAAAAUGAAUUCCUAUAGGAAAACAUUUUCCAAAACACGGGUAAAACCAAAACCAAUUUAUGGAAAAUGUCUUUCCGAAUUGGAAGCCGUAAGAUAUUUUCCCUUCUCUUCUCCCUUCCUCUCUGUCCAUCGUCCCUUCUCUUCGUUGGCCUCACUGUCAUCAGCAGCCACAGUCGAGAAAAGAAGACCCAGAAGGUUCCCUUCUAUUCGUUGAAGAUUCUCGAAGUGCUUCUACUGAAAUUGUUCGUAUUGAACUGCGAUUGUAAGUGUUAGCUAAGUGGCCUAAUAAAUCAAGGGGGAAAAUGAAAAAGAAGGUUCUAAAUCUUUGAUUCAAAUCUGGGUUCUUCAUGUUGCUAGGUGGUUUUCUAGAACUGGGUUCUCUUCACUGGGGGCUUGCUGCAACUUUCCAGGGAGAAUUGGGUGUUAAAUUCAACAUCCAAGAAAGUAAUUUUGAGUAAAGAUUGUGUUCAAAUCUAAGAUAAAAUGGGUUGCAUUGUUUGUAUUGACUCUAUCUUUGGCAUCGUUGGUUGCUCAUCUUUCAAUGACAAAGUUUUCAAGUAUGAAUUUAGUCCAGUAUGGUGCAAAAGAGGCUUUAAGCCAUGAUUUUCCUAAUACUGGAUCACCAGUAAGUUAUAUAUAUUUUCGGAUUUGAAGAACAAAUGCUUUUUCUUCAUCUGUUUGCUUGUAUAAUUUGUUCGUUUGAUGCUGUUUAUUUGUUCCUAAGUUGAAGACUAGAAGAAAUAAGAGGCUAUGGGGUGCUGUGAGGUCUCUGGAGUCUUUGUAACCACAUGCAAACCCCAGAAGCAGCUAUCCUGGUAAAGGGUUUUGCUCAAACUACUUAAUUAUGUAGUUAUGCUUUUAUACUGCCAAAAAACCAUAAUGCUGCUUUAGCUAAUGCCCUUUAUCAAAAAGGUCCGGUUUUGUUAUCUGUUGAACUGGUUAAUGAUAUUAGGAAUUCAGGCCUUAGUUUCACUGAAGAUUUGAUUUGUGUUUUGAUUGGUAGUUGGGGAAGAUUAGGAUUAGCUAAGUAUUGUGCUGAGAUAUUUGGGCAGAUUUCAUUUUUGGAUAUUAAUCCUAGCACUAGAUUGUAUAAUGUUGUGAUUGAUGCGUUACUAAAAUCCAAUUCACUUGAUUUAGCUUAUUUGAAGUUUUAACAAAUGUCAGCUGAUAACUGUAAACCAGAUAGGUUUACAUACAGUAUUCUCAUUCAUGGUGUUUGUAAAGCCGGUGUCAUCGAUGAGGCAGUUCGGUUAGUUAAGCAGAUGGAAAUUUUCGGAUACUCACCGAAUAUGUGUACUUAUACCAUCUUAAUUGAUGGGUACUGUAAUGCCAGGAGGGUCGAUGAUGCGUUUAGACUUAUUGAGACGAUGAAGAAAAGGAAUGUGUUUCCUAAUGGAGCUACCGUGAGAUCGUUGAUUCAUGGGGUUUUCCGUUGUGUGGCUCCACGAAAGGCAUUCGAGUUGUUGAUAAUGUUCUUGGAGAAGGAGCCUAUGAUGCAGAGAUUGGCUUGUGAUACUCUACUGCUUUGUCUUUCGAAUCACCAUAUGGCUACGGAAGCAACAUUGUUUAUGAAUAAACUUUCGGGGAGAGGCUACAUGCCUGAUAAUUUAACAUUUAACCUUACGAUGACAUGUUUGAUAAAGGGUUUCAAUCUUGAUGAAACAUGUCAAAUUUUGGAUAGCUAUAUAGAGCGAGGUUUGAAACCAGGGUUUAAUACAUAUCUUGCACUUAUGCAAGCCUUGUAUAGUGUAGGGAAAUGUGCUGAGGGUGAUCGAUAUUUUGACCAGAUGAUUAAGGGUGGGUUGUCGAUAUUUUUAACUUUGCAAUGCAACGGAACAUCAGGUGGUCUACCUGUUCAUUUAUGCCAUACUAUAUGCUCAAGAUGUUGCACUUAUUAUCUGGUUGGAUACGCGGGUUCAGUUGCUAGAAAAAUCAAGCAAUGAACUUCAACUGGCACCCUCUGCUCCCAGAUUAUUUUCAAAGAUAAGAGGCUAUACUGCUAUAGUGGAAAACAAAAUUGAAAUUUUACCACAUAUUAGCUGAAAUUCUGGACCGGAAUAAGGGAGGCUAUGGGGUUGAAGGUAGUUGCAUGCAGCAGCUGUAAUCUUCCUCUGAGAAUUUACAUGGUUUAUGCUUACAAGUGCUAACAGAAAUGAAUUGUUCUGCAUUUUAAGCUUUCUUAUAUUUAAAGCCUAUUAUUGUACUACGAGUAGUGUAACAAAAGGUCAUCUCAAGGAGCUACUCAAAAGAAAUAUGGUUUAUUUGAAGAGAAGGAUUCACUGUGUUUAUCAAGUUUGUUAAUAAUGAAACUCACAUUUAAACCCCAUUGACUAUAGGUGUUCUUUCUAAUACGCUCGCUGGGGGGAUUAAAUUUCAGAAAUUACCUGUUGGUGAUGUGUAUCAAAAGUUGUGUGAGUUGUACUUGAAUUCUAUAAUUUCCUCCACAAAUUUGGAUUUUAUUGACAAUUUUCAUGGUAUUACU